GUGGGCACAGGUGGGUGGCACUGGUGGGCACAGGUGGGUGGCACUGGUGGGCACAGGUGGGUGGGCACAGGUGGGUGGCACUGCUGGGCACAGGUAGGUGGCACUUCUGGGCACAGGUGGGUGCACUGCUGGGCACAGGUGGGUGCACUGCUGGGCACAGGUGGGCGGAACUUGUGGGUGGCACUGCUGGGCACCGAUCAUCAGGGCACUGAUCAUCAGUGGCCCUGAUGAUCGGUGCCGAUCCUCGCUCUGACAACUGCCGGUUCUCGGCAGUACUUUCCUCAUGAUCUGACAGCGUGAGGAAAGUGCAGCCGAGAAACGGCACUUGCAU